AUGAACUGGCGUUCACUCCCAGUUCUUUUCCUGGGCCUGGGUGCCCUCUGGACCGGAACCCACUCGGCCACCUGUGACAAGGAUGGAGCUUGCGAUGAAAUCUUGAAAGCUUAUCAAACCGAGCAGAUCAUGCGCUCUAUCCUCGAUCAACUUCCCGACGUUGGUUCUGGUGUCACAUCUCCAGCUCAACUCAUGGACCCGCAGUUGAAGAAGUUCUACCAAGACCUUCAGGAAGACAUCGCUGAGAAGUAUCAUGGAGACAGCAGCGUGGAGAUCUCAUUCCUUGAUGCCGAAGAUCCAUUCGCUGGAGGAGAUCCAUCUCAACUCGUGGCUGCGUUCAGACUGAAGAAUGAUAUCAAGAAUAUGGUUGUCGCUGAAGCCCUUCUCCACGUUGCAAUCAGUCUUCCAUCGUUCGAACAACACACCGUCCAUAAAGUCCAUGUUCAAGUUUAUGAAAAGAAAACUGAUAUGAGCCUCGGAGAUUUGGUCACCACUGAUACCUUCUCUAUCAAAGGAAGCAAGAGACUUUCCAUUCAACUCCCAGGAGAUGCUGUCAAAAGGCAAUUUUAA